ACUUUUCUCGGUAAGGAGAGGGACUACUCGGCACACUUUGCCGUUUUCGUGCGAAUAUUUGAGGAGGUUUUGGUGCCACAGGUGCCUGCUCUGACACUUUUUACAAGUCGGGAGCCCGUGCGCAUCUCUUCCCUCGCGACAACUCUUCCCUUUCAUCCUACCGUUGCACACGCGCCUGGGAAACAGUCUGACAGUCAUGCUGUAGAAGACAAGCAAAAAGAGAGGAGGAACUGAAGUUUGAGGGAACCCAUGAGUCGGACAAUGACAGGACAACGCAAAAUAGGACUGAAGAGCCUGAGGCUGCUGCUCCUGUGCCUCUUCGUCGCCAUCCUCGCCUCAGGAGUGCACGCGGGCGGUAAGAAGCACAACGUCCCCUGUGGAGGAAGAGACUGCAGCGGAGGGUGUAAAUGUUUCCCAGAGAAGGGAGCCAGGGGUGCCCCCGGCCCUCUUGGUCCUCAAGGCCCCCAGGGACCUCCAGGGCGACCCGGUGAUCAAGGUAUCCAGGGACAUAAGGGGCAGAAAGGUGACCUUGGAAGGAGCGGCCCCAUUGGUCCCAAAGGAAAUGUGGGAAUGACCGGCGUUCCUGGAUUUUCUGGAAACGAUGGCAUUCCUGGACACCCUGGACAAGCUGGUCCCAGAGGAAAACCAGGGGCUGACGGCUGUAACGGGACAAAAGGAGACUCAGGGAUACCGGGGCAACCAGGCUAUAAAGGCCUACCUGGUUUUCAGGGACCUCCAGGCAGGAAGGGAGAGAAGGGAGACUCUCUGGAACUGACUGUUUACAUGGAGCGCUUCAGGGGAGAUCCAGGCAGCCCAGGGUACCCUGGAAUAAUUGGGCCUCAGGGAAAUCCUGGAUGGCCGGGAAACAGUGGCUUCUUAGGGCCAAAGGGUCCUCCAGGGCCUCCAGGUCCCCCUGGACCAAAGGGCACUAUGACCAAAGUGUUUAAGGGACAACAAGGAGAACGGGGGGAAACCGGACCACAAGGCCUACCAGGGCGACCAGGAAACAACACUGGUCCCCAUACCAAGGCCUUUGUAGGCCCCCCGGGUGACAAAGGAGAAAGAGGAGAUCUGGCUGACAACAAAGGAGAGACAGGUGUGAAGGGGAUGCCAGGAUCACGGGGUGCAUCUGGUGUAGAUGGGAGACCUGGACCACGGGGUGACAUUGGCGAACCAGGACCAAAAGGCAGAGAUGGUCCUAAGGGAAUCAGAGGAGAUGCAGGAGAGCUGAUUUCAUCUGGCCAAUGGCCUCCUGUAGCUGGUCUCACAGGUCCUAUUGGUGAGGAAGGUCCACAAGGAGAAAGGGGGCCUAUUGGAGAUCAAGGGCCACCUGGACCGCCAGGACGCCCUGCCACUGAUUUACAGCAACAAGUGAUUUUUUUCAUGGGGCCGCUUGGUAAAAAAGGGGAGCAGGGAGAUAAGGGCCCAAAAGGAGAUCCUGGAUUUCCUGCUCUCAGGCCGGGACCCCCUGGCAGCGAUGGACGCCUAGGAGAAAGGGGCCCUCCAGGUCCUGCAGGAUCAUGGUCUGAGUUCUUCAAAGGAGCUCCUGGAAUCAGAGGACGGCCUGGAAAUGCCGGCUCUAAAGGACUCAAAGGUGAUCAUGGGGAAUGUGAAUGUACUAUUGUAAACUCCAUACCAGGGCCCCCUGGCCCUGCUGGGGUCCGCGGUGAUCAUGGAAUGAUUGGAGAGUAUGGUCAGGAGGGAGAUCUAGGAGAACCUGGCCCUCAGGGAGACGUUGGAGUCCCAGGCUCUCCAGGAAUCAGCGGUGUUCCUGGUCCAAAAGGUCGGAAAGGAGAGCUGGGCGUGGCUACACAGAAAGGACUUUCUGGAGACCCAGGAGUUCCUGGGCGUGAUGGUGAGCCAGGAUCACCAGGUGCUCCAGGAAGAAACGGGUUGCCUGGUUUCCCUGGGAAUAGAGGUCCUACAGGAGAAGGUCCCUGGGGAGAACCUGGAGACAAAGGUGUACCUGGUCGGCCAGGUCUGCCCGGUGCAGCCGGUCUAAUAGGGCAACCAGGUGAUGAUGUCAGGGGUAUUAAAGGCCAACGUGGUUUGCCUGGUGAUGACGGUCUUGCAGGAUAUCACGGAGUUCCUGGAACACCUGGAACCCCAGGCGGCUGUAUUCCAAGAGGAGAUGGAGGACAGGUGGAUGUAACAGGUAGUCCUUGUAGUGCUGUCCCAGGACCUCCUGGACCACCUGGUCCUCCAGGACUAACUGGAUCAGCAGGUUACCCAGGUAGUCCUGGUGACAAAGGAUCAAGGGGUUCAUUAGGACCUCAGGGAGAGAAAGGAGAAACAGGAGAGCAAGGCAUUGGUGGCCCUCCUGGACCCCCAGGUUUUUCCGGACCACGUGGAGAGUUGGGAAUUCCUGGCAGAAAAGGCUCACAGGGAAACCCAGGUUUUCCUGGUGUGCCUGGUCGGCACGGGUCACAGGGUGAGAAGGGUGUUCAUGGAGCGGUAAUGGGAGCUUCACCAGGACCUCUUGGUGACCCUGGGCCUCCUGGACUUCAAGGACAAAAAGGCCUGUCUGGUGAUGAAGGAGAACCUGGCUACAAGGGAAUGAUGGGCAUGCCUGGUAUGAUUGGUUUUAAGGGGGAGAGAGGUCCUUCAGGCCUACAGGGGGAGGAAGGGAGGGCAGGACCAGCUGGCAAGUAUGGCUACCCUGGGGAUUCUGGGAGAGCAGGGCCUCCUGGGCCACGUGGUGAAACUGGACAGCCAGGUUUCACAGGAGAGAGAGGAACUUUGGGAGAUCUCGGUCCUCCAGGUCCAGUGGGGUUGAAAGGUGUCCCAGGGUCAUUCGGUGAAAAUGGUUUUGUUGGAGAGCCUGGCCCAACGGGUGCCUCAGGGCAACCAGGUGGAGACGGACGCCCUGGACUUCCAGGAAUGAAGGGUUACAGAGGGUCUCAAGGUAUGUCAGGUUUUGAGGGGGUCCGCGGUGAUCAAGGAGUGAAGGGCUUCAGUGGACAGAAAGGAGAACCUGGACCCAUUGGACAAGAUGGCCCAAAAGGGAUUGAGGGUCAGAGUGGAGAGAAAGGUGAUAGAGGGCUGAGAGGGCCACCUGGAGAGAAACCUAAGAUUCCUGCCAAGAUGAAGGUUGACAUGAAGGGAGCCAAGGGAGACCAUGGACACCAAGGGAAUCAGGGUUUCACCGGUCCGAGAGGUUCUAAGGGUCUCCAUGGUGUGCCAGGCUACGAGGGAACUCAUGGUCUUCCUGGAGACCCCAGCAAUGAAAAAGGUUACUCAGGAGACCCAGGUGCGCAGGGUCUGCCGGGGGUAAAAGGAAUGCCAGGUCUGACAGGAAAUCGAGGAAUCCCAGGCUUUGAGGGAAUGUCAGGAUUCAAGGGAAUCAAAGGGAGUCCUGGAGCCUAUGGUGCGACAGGAGAACCAGGGAGGAAAGGAAUCAAAGGUGACAAAGGCUCUCGCAUUGACCUUCCAGGAACUCCAGGGUUAAGAGGAGAGAUAGGUGGUGUAGGAGAUAAAGGCCAGAAAGGGCUGGGAGGACCAUCUGGGGACAGGGGCACACCUGGUUUUGAUGGUAUUGUAGGGAAAAGAGGAGAGCCAGGUGAUCCAGGAAUAUUUGGAUCCCAGGGCCUGGACGGGCAGACAGGAACUCCUGGUAACCAAGGUCAGAAAGGUUUUUCUGGGCCAGCUGGAAAAGAGGGACAACCAGGCCUUUCUGGUUUCCCAGGAAAUAGAGGUUACCCCGGCCUAAAGGGUCUGACUGGAUUAAAUGGAUUGAAAGGACUAAAGGGUCAGGCUGGAACACCAGGUCUGGAUAUUACUGGACCUGCUGGGGAGCCAGGACUCAAAGGAGAGAAAGGAGAGGGCGGUGAUCCCAACAACCAACCAGGUUUUCCUGGCACAGAGGGUUUGAAAGGUUUACAGGGACCACAAGGUGAUCAUGGUCAGCCUGGACAGCCAGGAUUACGAGGGCCUGUAGGAACAGACGGGAUCCCAAAUAGACCUGGACCCAGUGGGGACCACGGCUAUUUGGGACCUAAAGGGUUACAAGGUUCUCCUGGACCUAGAGGAUCCCCAGGUUUUGAUGCUCCUCCUGGAGAGAAGGGAAUUCCUGGAACUAGUGGGUUUCCAGGUUUUCCUGGGCGAAAAGGCUACAAAGGAAAUCAAGGUCCAUUUGGAUACAGAGGACCAGACGGGGUUUCUGGAAAGAAAGGAGUGAAAGGAGAGCAGGGGCUGAUGGGAGUUCCUGGGCAGAUUGGUUUAAAGGGGGAGAGAGGGCCAUCUGGUCCUAAAGGAAACACUGGAAUCCCAGGUUUCCCUGGACCUUCAGGCAACCGAGGUCCUCUUCCAAUUCCUAUCAGAGUCCCUGGAGAGCGUGGUCCUCCAGGACCACAGGGUGUCAGAGGACCACAUGGGACCCAAGGUGAACCAGGACCACAGGGCCCCCCUGGAGAUGAAGGUUUUAUUGGACCCACUGGACAGAAAGGUAUGCCUGGGAUCAGUGGUACACCUGGAACGCCAGGCUUCCGUGGAGAGCUUGGAUCAAUGGGCCACCCUGGUCUGCAAGGCAUGGAAGGUCGACGUGGCAACCCUGGUCUCCCAGGCCUACCUGGUAUGCCAGGCCGCAGUGUCAGUGUGGGAUACCUGCUGGUGAAACACAGCCAAACAGAGGAGACGCCCAUGUGUCCUGUGGGGAUGUCCAAACUGUGGGACGGGUAUAGUCUGCUGUACAUGGAGGGACAGGAAAUGGCCCACAAUCAGGACCUGGGUCUGGCUGGCUCAUGCCUCCCUCGCUUCAACACCAUGCCCUUCCUCUACUGCAACCCCGGAGACCUCUGUUACUACGCCAGCAGAAAUGAUAAGUCCUACUGGUUGUCAACGACAGCUCCUCUUCCUAUGAUGCCCGUGGAAGAGGAGGAGAUCAAACCGUACAUCAGCCGCUGCUCUGUGUGUGAGGCUCCAUCAAUCGCCAUCGCAGUCCACAGCCAGGAUACCAGCAUCCCACAGUGUCCUGCAGGCUGGCGCAGCUUGUGGAUCGGAUACUCCUUCCUGAUGCACACCGCAGCAGGAAACGAAGGCGGGGGUCAAUCUUUGUCAUCGCCUGGCUCCUGCCUGGAGGACUUCCGCACAACGCCGUUCCUCGAGUGUAAUGGAGCCAAAGGCACAUGCCACUACUUUGCUAAUAAGCACAGCUUCUGGCUCACCACCAUCGAGCAGCCAUUCCACGCCGACCCGGCAUCAGAGACACUCAAAGCAGGCCAGCUCCUGACGCGCAUCAGCCGCUGUCAGGUCUGCAUGAAGAACCUUUGAAAACAAACUCCCCAUUUAUUGUGGACGGAAAGAAAUCUUCACAGUGGUCUGGUGACAUCUCUGUAUCCAUGCCUUAACAUUGAUGUAAAUGAGAAACUGUCCUUUAAAGCUCAGAGAUAAAGACUGCUGUGCCUUGAGCUUAGAGUCCCAGAUGAGAAGAAGCCAUAAUGAAGUCAACAGCAUUAUGGGAAAUUGAGUAUUUUUGUAAUAAAUGUGGAUUGGUGCUUACUGUUUAACUUAUUACCUCAGCUACUAUGACACUCAUGUUAUCAUUCAGAGACGUUAAAAUACAGCUGAACCAAAGACGCCUUAUGUAUGCACUGCUUCAGUUUAUCUACGUUUUUAAUGUUUGAGGCAUGCUGCCCAACAUAAAGCCACUAACACUGCUGCAUUAGAUGGUUGAAACAUACUUCUGACAGAAUUAUCUUGCUUUUGAACCUGUUUUUAUAAUAUGAACAUAUUUCUGAUCUAAUCUGCCUAGAUGAGCUUAAAUCGCCUUGAUUUCCUUCUUUUUCAUACACAAGUUUCAUUCACAAUGCACUGACUCUAUUUGUAUUUAUAUCAGCUGAAUAAACUUGACCCCCUCCCCUCUCCUGAUGCACUCAUUUGCCUUCACAGAUGUACUAGUUAUUGAACCGCCAACAGGACACAAUGUAAACAGUCUGGAUCAAAGGUCUAUCUGUAUCAAAUGUCUGCUGUGGUCACUGAUCCUGGAUCAGAUUAGUCUUUUUUUACACAAUUAAGAAAAGUAGGUCAAAUGGUCUGCUUCACCUAGAUUCACAUGUUUGGAAACAAACAGCCUGAUUAGACUGAAAAGCCACCAAAACAUUUGUCUAGCUUGUAAUAUAAUUACAGUAAUUUUCAUAAUAUGAUCAUUUCGUUGGAUUGUAAAGAUUAAAUGUUCUUUGUUUA